AUGAGAUUUUCGGUUAAAGUAGUCCUUUUUGUUUUGAGUUUAGUGAAUGUUUACAAAGAAGCCUCAAGCCUUCACAUUGAGAGUGAUAUUUUAGUAAGAAAAGCCCGAUGGCUGCCCCUGAUUUAUCCCCGAGGUAAUCCCACACGUCUGCAGGUAACAACUCUCUUUUAAAUGAUCGCUGGCUUUGGUAUUCCCGUGGAGGAUCUUAAAACGGAACAUGUGGUCACGGGUUAUGUCAUGAAGGCCGACUAUGUUUUGCCUCACUCCGCCAAGCAAUUGAGAGUCAAGAAUGUCCAUGAAAUCACUGCCAGGAGGCUGCCGCAGAAUGCCACAAUCUUUGAGAAGAUCCUGCAGCAGUCCGAGGAACAGAUGGGUCUGGAUCCGAAUAUCCUGCAGGAGGAUCUGCAGGCUUUGGGUAGCUAUCGCUGGUCAGUCUACGAAGCCUUCACUGCCCUGGCAAUCCGCAUGAAGCUCAAUGGUCGAGUCUGUGUCCUGAAAAGCAUCUGCGAGAGUGCUGCCGCACCCUUCGAUGAUCGGAAUGGCCUGCUGGGCGAAGUCCUUCACAUCCUGCUUACACCUUCCAGCUCGGUGGAUCCCCUGGCAGAGCACUCGGACAAUAAUUACCUGCAGGCGGAGAGACUGGGAGCAGCUGGCAGCGAUUGCAAUCGUUUAUAUCCAAGGUGUUCCAAGUCCCUGCUGGAGCACUUCAGCGAUGUCCAUCAUCUGGGCAGCGAGUUCCUUAGUAUGUUGGGUUAA